AUGGCAUUUCCACCAGAGCCUUCCGCUUCCAUCAAUUGGAAGAGCCUUGGAUUCAGCAUAUCAGAUGUGAACGGACAUAUUGAAGCCAAAUGGAGCAGCAAAACUGGCUCCUGGGGCCCUCCCACUUUCGUCACCGACCCCUAUAUCCGUUUGCAUGGUCUUGCACCGGCUCUCAACUACGGUCAGCAAGCUUAUGAGGGCUUGAAAGCAUUGCGGACGGCAGACAAUAGAAUCCUAAUAUUCCGCCCUAACAAAAAUGCUGCUCGAUUUGCCUACUCUGCUUCCUUCAUCUCUAUUCCCCCGGUUCCUGAGGAAUUAUUUGUGGAAUGUGUGCAUGCCGCGGUUGCUUUGAAUGCAGAGUUCGUUCCACCGCAUGAGACUGGCGCUGCAAUGUACAUUCGACCCCUUAUUUUUGGUUCUGGGCCUGAAUUAAGAUCCCAACCUCCUGCCGAAUUUACCCUUUGUGUAUAUGUGAAUCCAGUAGGCACUUAUCACGGUGCUCAUCCAGUCAAGGCACUUGUCAUGGAAGAAUACCAUCGGGCAGCACCUAAAGGAACUGGGUCAGCCAAAAUUGGAGGCAACUACGCCCCAGUAAUGAGGUGGCAGAGGCAGGCGGCUGAGCAGGGKUAUGGAAUUACCCUGCAUUUAGAUGCAAAAACGGACUCUGAGAUUGAUGAGUUCUCGAGUAGCGGCUUUAUUGGCGUGAAAAAAGACAAAGAAAAUAACAUCACUCUUGUCCUCACCAAUAGCAAGAACAUCAUUGACAGCAUAACAGUUGACUCAUGUUUGGCUAUUGGUAAGAGCCUCGGUUGGAGCGUUGAAGUGCGCCCUAUCAAGUACGAAGAGAUUGGAUCGUUCUCUGAGGUGUUGGCUGCCGGAACUGCCGCUGCCCUGCUGCCAAUUCGUUCGAUAACCCGCCCCUCCACAUCUGAGACAAUCUCUUAUAUCGAUGAUUCCUCCGAGGAACCUGGUCCAGUAUGCUCAACCCUUCUGUCUACCUUGAAGGGCAUCCAGUCGGGAAAGAUCAAGGACAAUUUUGGAUGGACGUUUCCUGUGAAUGGCGUAGAUCCAAAGCAGUAUGCCGCCUAG